AUGGACCGAGGAAAGCCUACGCUUGAGGGCAUGCCUAUGGAGAUCCAGAUGGAGAUAAUGCGCCACUUCUUGAGAGGCCCCUAUGCUAACACCAUUGUCUUAUACCCGCUAGACUACUACAGCUGGGGCUUUGGCUUUGGCUCUUUGGGCAUCUUGAGCGUCUCAAAGCAUUUCUCUGCAAUAGCACUGAGUGUGCUUUAUGGGGAGAACAAUUUCUAUAUCUGGGGUCUUGAACGAACGCUGGAGGAAUCUGACGAGUCGAAGGGUGUGACGAUGAGGAAGGACCUUCAAACCUUUUACGACGAUACCGACGCGUAG